GUGACGAGAUGUAGUCACUUAAGGGCCUUUAAUAACACGGAAAUUUAGGAGUAGAAGAUAUAACGGGUAUUGUGAGCAGUUAAGCGACAUAAUUUAAUGAGCGAUGUGCGUAGAACAAUGGAGUGAACUGUAUUAUUUGAUUUCAUUUCAGUGAUUGCCUGGUCGUCCAAAACGUGCGUUUGUAUAUCUGGAUCGUCUUUGGGACAUACUUCUGUGAAUGUUUGAUGAAAAUAUUUCCCCUGGAAAUUCGUACGGAAGCAGACGACACUUGCAGACGACAUUUGCCAACGUCGCCAUGAUGCAUCCUCUUGCGCAGCAUCCCCAGCAUAUGCUUCCAGGGGGGCUGUCAGCUCUGUACCCCACCCUUCAGACAUCACCGCCGGGGGUACAACACCACGGGAACACUUCACCAGGCGGACAGACAUCGUUCCGAAUUGAUGACAUUUUAGGCAAUACGACUGGUUCAUCUGUGUCAAACUCUACACCAGCAAGACCUACGCCUUUCAACCCAGUUGCUCUCCAAUCUAGUCCAAUUUCACAUACAAUUGCACCUCCGAACUUAUACAAACCUGUGGCAGUGUACGACCCUUCCCUUCUUUCACACAGUUACCUCACAUCGCCAAUGGCUUACAACGGAACACUGCUAAGUCAGAUGUACCCCUUUCCUCCAUAUCGUGCUCACGAGUAUGCGUUGUUGGAUGGGAGACAUCAUGCGUUUUCAAAAGUUGGUCCCAAGCCACCGUUCCUCUGGAACCCGUUUAUUCAGAGGCCAAUGCAUAAAAGAAAAGGCGGUCAAGUGAGGUUUUCUAACGAACAGACUGUUGAGCUGGAGAAGAAGUUUGAAACUCAGAAAUACUUAACACCACAGGAGAGGAAGAGGCUCGCUAAAGUAUUACAACUCACAGAGAGACAGGUUAAAACCUGGUUCCAGAAUCGGCGAGCGAAAUGGAGGCGCCUAAAACAGGACACGCCCACGAGUGAAGAUAACGAAAAACACGAGGCGGAUGACAAACGAAAGGAAGUGACGUCAGCUGAGGGUGGCGCAGACGACUCUGAAAUGGCGGGUCAGACGUCAGAAGAUGAAGAUGAACAAUCUGAUGAUGAAAUAGACGUGGAGAAUGAGGCUGAGGGAACAUGAAAAAGCGGGUAUUAACUCAGAGCAGUUACGCUCCUGGAAAAGGGAUUGUGCCAUGGAAAUAUUUCAUUGAGAAAACACAUAGGCGUGAGUCAAAUGCUGACGCCCACGUGACUUGACAGGAACUCUCGCGUGACUUAAACACCAAAGAUGGUGGUGCAUUGCACUGAGAGCAACUGUUCAAAAGUGCUGAAGCCCAUAUUACGGAAGAAAUUAAGCCAAGUUGAAAGGCUAUCGGAAGUGCUACAUGUUCCUUGCCCUAUAUUCGGCAGAGGAAAAGGUAGCGAAACUAAUAAGACGUGGAGUGCAUUUUUAUAUAUCAAAUCCUGAAUUGGGUCAUUAGAAAACUAUAUUAAAAUAAGAAUAAUUUAUGAUUUGAAGAAACGCAAUGAGUCCAUGCAAUGCAGGUUGUUAAACACUCAUGAAAACCUCCUUCUCCCGUUUUUUUGUCAAUUUGACUUUUAUUUGUGGUUUCGGCGGUUUGAGAACGAAUGUGUUAUUUUGCAUUCUGUAUGACAAUGUCGUUCGGAUAAAGAACGGAUCAUGAAUCUCUUUAAUGAAUAACUGUCACUUAACGUAACUUAACGUCACUCAACGUCAGUCAAUCAAUGACGUGCUGUCGCAACACGCAAUUAAAAUAAUACUUCAUAUGAAACACAUUCCAUUAUGAACAUGCCUUGUCAAUUACAUAGGCAGAAUAUAACAUUUAUAGCCAGUAUAUAACUGCUGUUUGAUUUUAAUUUAUGCAUAAAAUAUAAGCCUGUCAUUUAAGCCGUCUCGUUAACGCUUUGCACCCAGAGCUUUGUUAAGCUUAAGCCGCUGCCAUGUUUACUGUACAUAUUGUUUAGUGGUACAAUGUUAUCUGUGCUCGUCAGUUCUGAACCACCACACGAUCCGCUUUAACAUUGUCGUAUGUGAAGGUAUGAAUGUAAAUCUAUGCAAGUUAUGUAUAAUGUAUGUAAAUAAAUUCUUUACUGGA